GAGAAGAGUCGAGAUUUCAGAACAAAGAUGUCUGCGCCCAUCAAAACGACACAUGAACGCCGCCUAAUCAUGAUUUAAUGUGAUAAUUUAGAAGCAUUAACACAAACAAGGAACAUUUGAUAUAUGACAUGGACACUCAAUAGGAGAGACAAGUAAACUCAAUUGUAUUCUGUAUCUCCUGAAUCCAUAAAGACCAAAAUGUCUGAUGAUGAGGUGGAUCUUCCUGUCCCGAAGAGGUCGAAAGUGUUGCAUUAUGGGAGUUUGGAAGACCAGGAAAGACGUCGCAUCAAUAAUGAUGACACUUCAGGUUCAAUGGCUAAUGAUGCUAUUGAGGCAGGCAUCGAAGCUGGCAAUAUCAACAUCACUGAAGGAGGACACUUUGACAUUGACGAGGCCGAAGCUGAGAGUCAGGCAGAGGUGUUAGCGCAGUUUGAAAAGAGGAAACGGGCUCGUCAGAUUCAGGUGUCGACAGAUGACUCAGAGGUGAAGGCCAACCUGCGACAAUUGGGUGAACCGAUAUGUCUGUUCGGUGAGGGUCCAGCAGAGAGGCGAGAGAGAUUGCGCCAGUUGUUGGCCCGACUUGGAGAAGAUGCUGUCAAAAAGAAGAAGGAGGAAAAGCUGCAGGAGCAGAGGAAAAAGGAAGAGGAGAAUAUCACAUGGUAUCAUGAAGGUACGGAGAGCUUGAAGGAUGCCCGAUACUGGCUGUCUGACUACUCAAUACCAAGAGAGAAGGAGAGGGUUAGCAGAGAACGAGAAAGCAAACUGACUCCCAUGGCACAGAAGAACGCUCAGAUGCAGGAGCUGCAGAAGAGAAUAAGGUCUGUAACGAAUGACUGCAGUCAGAUCGGUGAUGACCGACCGCUGUCCCACUGUCAGUUCAGCCCAGACUCCCAGAUGCUUGCAGUCGCCUCAUGGUCUGGGUUGUGUAAACUAUGGUCCAUUCCAGACUGCCAGUUGAUCCGACAGCUGCGAGGCCACAACUGUCAUGUUGGUGCCAUUGUAUUCCACCCUGACGCUACAAUUGGUCUAGACAACAGUGUAUGCUGUAUGGCAUCAUGUGGACAGGAUGGUUCCGUCAAGCUCUGGAAUCUAGUCAGUGAUGAACCUAUAGCAGACAUUGAAGGUCAUGCACCGUUCCGAGUGUCGAAACUGGCCUACCACCCUUCAGGACGAUUCCUCGGGACAUGCUGUUUUGACAACUCGUGGCGGCUGUGGGACUUGCAAGCCCAGGAGGAGAUCCUGCAUCAGGAGGGACACAGUAAACCGGUGUACUCCAUCGCCUUCCAGAACGAUGGAGAGCUUGCCGUCACAGGAGGGCUGGAUGCGUAUGGCCGAGUGUGGGAUCUGCGGACAGGCCGCUGUGUGAUGUUCAUGGAGGGACACCUCAAGUCCAUCCUCUCCGUCGACUUCAGUCCCGAUGGGUUCCACGUGGCUUCUGGAAGUGAAGACAACACGGCCAAAGUGUGGGACCUGCGGCACCGCAAGUGUAACUACACCGUUCCCGCCCACACCAACCUCAUCUCCACCGUCAGGUUCCAGCGUGAGUCCCGUCAACUAACAACCUUUCUUUGUGUCAGUCUGUAGGGAUUACAGAGCAGA